UUGGUGAGACUCGAAGGAUGCAGCCAUCCUGUUGUUAUGAAAGGCUUGUGUGCUGAAUGUGGCCAGGACUUGACUCAGAUACGAAGCAAGAAUGGAAAGCAGAAUGUGCCAUUAUCCACAGCAACUGUGUCUAUGGUUCACAGUGUCCCAGAACUGAAAGUUAGCUCGGAGCAAGCUGAGCAGCUAGGAAGAGAAGAUCAACAGCGACUACAUCGAAAUCGAAAACUGGUGCUCAUGGUAGAUUUAGAUCAGACCUUGAUCCAUACUACAGAACAGCACUGCCAACAAAUGUCUAAUAAGGGAAUAUUUCAUUUCCAGUUAGGUCGAGGCGAGCCUAUGUUGCAUACUCGUUUGCGUCCUCAUUGUAAGGAAUUCCUGGAAAAAAUUGCCAAGCUGUAUGAAUUACAUGUUUUUACUUUUGGCAGCAGACUGUAUGCACAUACAAUUGCAGGAUUUUUGGACCCUGAAAAGAAGCUUUUUUCUCAUCGGAUAUUGUCAAGGGAUGAAUGUAUUGAUCCAUUUUCUAAAACUGGGAAUCUUAGAGAUCUCUUCCCAUGUGGGGAUUCCAUGGUUUGCAUCAUCGAUGAUCGAGAGGAUGUUUGGAAGUUUGCACCCAAUUUGAUAACUGUGAAGAAGUACGUAUACUUCCAGGGGAUAGGAGAUAUUAAUGCACCUCCUGGAUCAAGAGAAAUUCAAAUGAAGAAGAAGGUAAACCAUGCUACAAAACCAGAGGCACUGGAUUCAGCAGUGACAUCUGCAAAAGAGGUGGAAGAAAUAAAGAAUGUUACAUGUGUAGAAGAACAAAGCAAUGGUCUCAAAGCUACAAAGGACACUUGCACUGCAAAUGGAAGUACUUCUGUAAGCAGUGGAAUAUCUGACUGGGAUAUGAACUCUCGUGAUAAAGCUGAUGCCCAGGCCUCCUUAAACGCCAGCACUGGUGGCAAAACGGACAGCGAGAUCACUAAUGACUUGACAAAUACAAAAGAAUCUCGUAUUUUUUCAGAACAAGUUGAUAGAACAGUGACAGAGAAGCAGCAAACACAAGACAAGGCAACAAAUGACUUGGACUUUGAACUGUCUAGUGACAGUGAAAGUGAUGGUGGAUUGGAUACCAGAAAGUCAUCCACUUCCGUAUCAGAUAGUGAGAACGAGGAAGAGAGAAGCCAAAAGAAAUCCAAACAACCUCUGCAGGAUGACAGUUUGCAGAAAGAGAGCACUGAUGUGAGUGAGAAAAAAGAUGGUCUGGUGAACCAUUCUGGAGAUGCACAAUCGUCCCGUAGCGAAAAUGUUCAUGACAAAACUGAUGUCGAAGCACAAGAAGAAAGUGAACAGGAAAGCCUUUGUGAUUUUGGAAAUGGAUGUGCAGACAAGAAGGAAGCUGAAACAGAGUCUCAGAAUAGUGAACAGUCUGGAAUUACAAUGGGUGAGUCUUUAGACCAGAGUAUGGAGGAAGAAGAGGAAGAGGAUGAUACAGAUAAUGAUGACCAUUUAAUAUACCUCGAAGAGAUACUCGUGCGAGUUCACACCGAUUAUUACACAAAGUAUGAUAAAUACCUGAAAAAAGAGAUUGAGGAAAUUCCAGACAUCAAAAAAAUAGUACCAGAACUGAAAAGUAAAGUGUUGGCAGAUGUAACCAUAAUAUUUAGUGGACUCUACCCAACAAACUUUCCCAUUGAGAAAACACGGGAACACUAUCAUGCCACAGCACUCGGAGCUAAAAUUGUGAAGAAUCUAGUACUAAGUGCUGAUGAUCCUAAUAAAGCAACACACCUCAUUGCAGCAAGGACAGGCACAGAAAAAGUACGUCAAGCUCAGGACUGCAAGGACCUCCAUGUUGUAAACCCUGAUUGGCUGUGGAGCUGUCUGGAGCGCUGGGACAAGGUUGAGGAACAGCUCUUCCCCUUGAAGGAUGACUACAUCAAAACACACAGGGAGAAUAGCCCCGCCACGUUUCCUGAUACGCACACCGCGUUUCAAACAGCUCUGUUUCACCCAACACCCAUCCAUCCAAAGUCUCAGCCUGGUCCUGAAGUUCGACUUUAUGACCCUAACACUGGGAAACUAAUCAGGAAAGGCGCUCAGACCUCCUGCCAGUCGAUGUACAUCCAGUCUCCAGCUCCUCCCGUUGCCUUACCAGUUCACGGUGAACACUCAUCCUUCAGAGUUGUUGAACCACAUCAGCAGCAGAUGUUUGAAGAAGAUGACCUACCAGCAGGUGAAAACGAAGAGCAGCCUGGUCCGUCGAAGCGGAAACGCCAGCCAAGUAUGUCCGAGACGAUGCCCCUGUACACCCUAUGUAAAGAGGAUUUAGAGAGUAUGGAUAAAGAGGUGGAUGACAUCCUAGGAGAAGGCAGUGAUGAAAGUGAUAGUGAAAAAAAAAAGGCAGAAGAUGAAGGUGAAAAACCUCAGAUUAGUGCAACAGAGACUCUAGGAAUGAAAACAGAACAGAGACCUGCAUCGUCGUCAUCGUCGUUGUCAUCAUCUUCCUCAAGUGAAAGAAGCUUGACAAGCAGUGUACACAG